UGUCUCAAAACUACUUCUCUUUAUAAACUCACUCAACAAAAUAUUCACAUACAAAACAACAAUAUUAUGCUUUUAUUCUCCUCUUCUCUCCAAUCUUAUCAUCUUCUUCGUUGAAAUUAAUAAAAAUAAAAUGGAUCCAUAUGACUUUCCGGUGACCAGAUCUCCAAGAAAAGAACUUCAAGGUCCAAGACCACCGGCUCUCAAAGUCCGUAAAGAUUCACACAAGAUCAGAAAACCACCGGUCGCACCGCAGUCACAACAACAACAAUAUCAAAACCAAAAUCAGCCGCAAACUCAGCUACGGCCACCGGUCAUAAUUUACACGGUUUCACCGAAAGUUAUCCAUACGAACCCUAAUGACUUCAUGAACUUAGUUCAGCGUCUCACGGGCUCAUCAUCUUCAUCAGCAGCAACUUCAAAUUCCACUGCUACUACUACAGCUAACAAUAACUAUAAUAACCCUUUUAACAAUGAUUACGGCGGUGCAGUUUCGCCGGCGGCCAGAUACGCAACAAUGGAGAAAGCAAAGUCGUCACCGAAGGAUAAAAUGAAGCUUGGCGAUGAAGAUAUGGGAUUUUUCGAAGGGAUUGAAAUGAGUCAAGUAAUGGAAAGAUCGUCGUUAAAUAAUAAUAGUAAUUUGUUUCCCGGAAUUCUAUCUCCAGCUCCGGCUUCACUUCCUCCGAUAUCUCCUAACUAUUUCUCGCCGGUAAUACCUUCUGAUCCAAAUAUGUUGAGCUUUCUUCAUGAUUUGAGCCCUGUUGUUCAUGGUAAUAGAAGCUUUUUAGAAGGCAGUUUCAUGCCAAGUCCUUCAACUAAUUUCUUUUCUCCUCGUUUGACGGCGACUGCUUUUCCAUCUCCGGCUUCUAUGGAGCUUUUCAAUAAUUUUGGUAACAUCUUUGAUUUUUGAUCUUUAAUUUAGAGGUAUGCAAUUAGACAAUUUGACGGUGGAGAAUAGGGUAUAUUUGAAAAUUUAAAUUUUUUGGGGGGCCGGUUGGCAAGUUGGAAACUUGUUAAUGGCAUCAUGUUUCUUGUUUUUAAUUUGGUGGGUCAUAUGAUGGAGCCGUAUUUGCUGUAUAUUAUAUAUAUCAAAUGGCCUAUUUUUAUUUUUUUUGCGGAUACCAUUCUUUUGUCAUGUAACCUUAUGGCAUGUAAUUCAAAGAUUGAAAAAAAAAAUUACAUUUUGGUUCAUUUAAA